UUUAUUUUGCGCAUCGCAUUGAAGUCAAUAAAGUCGGCAGUAUCUUAAAAAUUAAGCAUUUUAGUGAUAUGUUUACUGGCUCACAAGCCACCACCAAAUGGGUAGUGAACUGAAUGUAACGACAAGCGAAACCAGGUGUGCAGGCUGCACGUUCACGAUCAUACCCUCCGCCAGUAAUGCCCGGGGCCCAGUUCUAUAAAAGCUGGAGCCUGUAUGUCAUCCACGUCAUUUUUCACAUCAUUAUUAUCUUUAUGAGUGUAGUAAGCAGGACAUGGAUUGGAAAUAUUUUAUCAAUUAUUUGGAAUUGGACGGGCGGUUGGUUCAGCUGGACGCGCCAGUCCGACACGAUGCUACGAAAUGUUGAGAAGAAAAUAUUGUCAUGUCUGAAGACAGCAUACAAGCGGUUCUACGUUGACAUCGGAUCCGUGGUGGGACAGAGCGACAGGAUAUGGACCAUCUCUUUAAACGACGAGGCGCCAGCCACGCCUCUCCUGAUGUUGCACGGGAUGGGCGCCGGCGUGGCGCUGUGGUGCCCCAACCUCGAUGUUCUGGCUGCUAAUAGGCCAGUGUACGCCAUAGACUUGUUGGGUUUCGGCCGCAGCUCCCGCCCUAAGUUCUCAACAGACGCAGACAAGGUGGAAGCGCAGUGGGUGGAAUCCGUGGAAGAAUGGCGGCGGGAGGUCAACAUCCGACAGUUCGUCCUGCUCGGGCACAGCCUCGGCGGCUACAUCGCUACGGCGUACGCGCUCAAAUACCCAGAAAGAGUACAACACCUCAUCCUGGCCGACCCUUGGGGCUUCCCCGAGAAGCCCGCGAACGUGCACGAGAAGUACGGCAUCCCGCUGUGGGUGCGCGCGGUGGCCACGGCCGUGGCGCCGCUCAACCCGCUGUGGGCCGUGCGCGUCGCCGGCCCGGCCGGCAGGUGGCUCAUCGGCAAGACGAGGCCGGACCUGUCCAGGAAGUACAUGAACUUCGUGCCCGACGCGGAGACCGUUAUACCGGAUUAUAUACACCAGUGCAACACGCAGACUCCUAGUGGUGAAAGCGCGUUCCACACAUUAAUGCACGGCUUCGGCUGGGCAAAGAACCCGAUGGUCAAGCGAGUGUCCAAACUGGACGCCAACCUCCCCGUCACCGUGUUGUACGGCAGCCGCUCGUGGGUGGACAACAGCACGGCGCAGGUGCUGGCGGACCAGCGGCAGAGCCCCCACAACACUUUCGUGCAGGUGAUCAACGGUGCCGGCCAUCACGUAUAUUUAGACAAGCCCGAGCUGUUCAACAAGUACGUGCUCGAGGCGUGCGCGCGCACCGACGGAUCGCCCACCGAACCCUCCAGACUUGCAAUCGAACCGGCGAGGCCCGAGAACGAGCCAGCGAGACCCGAGAACGAGCCGGCGAGGCCAGAGAACGAGCCAGCGAGGCCCGAGAACGAGCUAUCGAACCCCGAGCGAGCGCCCAACAACACAGCUUCUUGAUAGCCAUAUCUGUACUGCUAAGCACGGAGUGGUAAUUCCAAGGUGGUUAUUUGCUUUAUUGUAUCCUGAUUACCGGUAACUGUAAUUUUUAUGCAAAUAUUAACUUGCAAUUAUGAAACCCGGUAGUUAGGAUCGGGUGCUGAAAUUACUGUAAUUUUUUACAGUUUGACGUCCAUGUAGGCCUAGAGGCAGAGCGAUGCUUUAAGAUUUGUGACUGUAGUCUGCCGUAUUGAGCCUAAAUGUUACAAUUUGAGAGAUCAUUUACAAAGGCUGUCAUAAAAUUUGUAACUUCAUUAAGGUUUCUUGAAUUGUUCUUUAAUAAUUUUUAUAAGUACUUUUAAUAAUGCAGUAGCAUGUGCAAGAACCUAUUUCUUGGAAAUUCUGUCUUGAUUCUGACGAAUUAGACAAUUUAAAGAAUAUAAUAGCGUGGUUAUUGACUACGGGGCCACUAUUCGCCAACCUUUCCUAAUGAGACGAAACUACACUUUUUGCCGGACUAGGCACACGAGAAUAUAAAUAGGUAUAUUAUUGAAUUUAAUUUAAUAGAAACAGGGCAUAGGUAUAAUUCGAUAGACACUACGUGUUUUUAUCUAGAAAGCAUCCUUAGGACCAGUUGCAGCAACCACAGUAAACGGCCUGGGUGCGUAGCCAACGUGCCAAUCGUUAACGCUCCAUGGCGAACGAAACGCAUCUGUCACUGUUGCACUAAUAUGAAAGAGUGAUAGAGAGAGAGAGAUGACUACUACUUAAACUUCCUCUACAAUGAAAUUAAUAAAAUGAAAGAGUUUGGUGCAACUCUUAUUUGUAUUAGAUAACUUGAUAAUUUCAUUUACGAUCUUUCGAGUAACUGCGACGAAAUGUUGGAACCCGAUUGUAAGAUAAUCUUUGAUUCUUAGACAAUAGUCUUUACUAUUAGUACUAUUCCUACAAUAGCUUGCAUACAACGUGUUUAGCUCUUCUUGACCAAAUCAUAGAAUACGUAAAAGU